GCCUCCGCCUCGUCUUGCCAGCAGCAUCAGCUGAGCGCUGCGCAAACGGUGGCUGCUCUUGACGCGAUUGCUGCCAAUGCUGCCGAUGCUACUGCUGCCGAUGCCGCUACUGCUGCUGCUGUUGCGUCGGAAUGCACUGGGGAAGGUAGCACUGGACGAGCCCAUGUGUUAGCCAUCGUCAGCAUCAUCAACAUCAUCACCACCACCACCAUUAUCAACAAGAUCAACGUCGUCGAUGGAGUUGCAGCUGAUGAUGCUGCUCCAGCUGAUGCUGCUGCUGCUGAUGUUGCUGCUGUGUGCUGCGACUGGGAGCGCGGAGUACUCGGCGGACCAGUGCAGCUGGAGGGGAAGCGGCCUGACGCACGAGCCUGGUUCGCGGUCCGUGGAGCAGCUCUACCUGCGCUGCUCGGAGGGCUCCAUCGAGUGGCUCUACCCGAGCGGCGCGCUGCGCCUCGUCCUCAAGCCCAACGUGCCGCCUUCCUUCCCGGGGGCGGCCGCCGCCGUCGCCUGCAUCAAGCCCUCCGAGGGCUUCCGCGGCGCCAGCGUGUACGCCGACCGAGACGGCGCGCUGCAGCUCGUGAUGAGCGAGCGGGACGCGCGCGCCAACAGGACGUACUGCCUGCGCGCGGCGCCCGGCCGUCCGCUGGCCAUCUUCGUGCAGGCCACGCCGCAGACGGACAUCAGCAGGAAGGUGGCGGCGUUUCGCUACGAGCUGAGGGUGGGCGUCGGCGACGACGGUGGUGAUGGUGGUGGUGGCGGCGGCGGUGGGGCCUCCGACCUGCAGAGCUUCAUCAGAUCCAGAGUGGCAUGCAGACCUUGCAAUGACACGGAGCUGCUGAUGGCUGUCUGCACGAGCGACUUGGUGGUGAAGGGCUUCAUCAAGUCGGUGACUCACGACCGGGCCCACGGCGAGUCGCGGGUCGAGGUCAGCGCGCUGCACGUGCUCCGCCAGAAGGACCAGGUGUUCUCGCCAGUGCGCGGCGGCGGCGGCGGCGGUGGCACGGGGCGCACGGGCCGGGUCAUGGGGACGCUGCGGACGCCGCUUCGGUGCGGUGUGCGGCCCGGCGACGGCGCCUUUCUCUUCACGGGCAGCCUGCACUUCGGCGAGGCGUGGCUGGGCUGCGCGCCGCGCUACCGGGACUUCCGGCGCGUUUACCGCGCGGCGCACGCGGCGCGCCGCCACCUGUGCGAGGUGGACGUCGACUGAACAGCGGUCGUGGUGGCACGGCACGACGCGAAAUCAUCGCGGCCGCCCCCACCUCCCACUGUGCCGGUGGAGGUGGUGGUGGCGGCGGCGGCGGCAUCUCGAUGGCUCAUGAUGCUGGCUGCAGGUGGAGAGAAACUCUGCACUGGGUUUUCCAGAUGCAAGUGAAGUAUACUGCUGCUGCUGCUGCUCUAUGCGGGUGAUGGAUGUCAUGGAAUGCGGAGGCGGCAUGCGAUGAUAAUGGACUCUCAGCAGAGGAGGGUCUCUUGGAGAGACAUUACGUGGCCUUGAGAUUAGCCGUCCGGAAGAGGGGGCUUUGAUGUACCAACACUCAGACAGUACAGUUGCUUAGUUUAAACUCCUGAUUGUGAUGACUGAAACCUGAUAAAAAUAGCAGGGUUAAGGGAUCAUAGAUCCACAGCAGUUAAAAUGACACUGGGCAAUGACCAGGUAUUGACCAUGGCCAGUUGCCUGAACUGAAAUGAGUGAAUCAAUGUUGAAAUAUUGAAAGUGUAUAUUUCUUAACAGAGCUGCUUCCGAAGUCAGACAUGAUGAUUCUUAUUGGGUUGUCUUUGCCCACAUGAGUGAAAAGUAAAAUUCAGUUGAAGCUUCCCGAUGGUUUCGUUGGUCGAGCUGAGAGUUGUUAUUGGGAAAUAUUUUUUUGUUUUGUUCCAAACAAAAAGGACGUGUUUCUAAUUCGUCUAAAUAUAUUUUCAACAAAGAAGAAGAAAACACAAAGAGGUCAUUGUCAGUGAUUCGUUUCGAUAAUUGAUCAUUAAUCAUGAAGCUGUGAGAUUGGUUUUUGCUCUGUUCAAAGGAGAAGCAUUGGAACAGCUGGGCCAUUAAAAUCACUUGGAGGGCCUUAUAUAAUUAAUCACCAUGAUUUGGCGAUUGAUGCGAUUUUUAUUGCUAGACGUAAGGCAGUAACAAAUUGCGCUGAAUUGUCAACGAUGCUUUUCACGUCCCAACCAAGGAGCUUGGGCGGUACAUGCCCUGGCGUCGACUGACCGCGCUAAUAGUUGUAAUUAUUCUUGUUUUUGGUCACUUUGUAAAGGUGUCAUAUGGAAACGUUUGCACUAGCCCUUGAACCACGGCAGCCUCACGCACAUACUGAUCGCUUUUUUUACAGACACAAUGCGCUUCAUCGUCACUCUCGGGCCAAUACAAAUUAGUACCACUUUGUUGCAAAGCAAUAGUGGUUGUCCUACGCAUAUUCCGGCCACUGCUAUAUGCAUUCAUUCUAGAUUUGAAGCUUUCGUGACUGCAAGGAUUCAUAUUCUUAGGUUUUUUCGGUAAAGUCACGUAGGUAAAACAUCAAAAUUAAUAAAAAAUAAAUAAUAAAAAUAAAAACGUCGUGAUUUUUGUUUUAUUUUAUUUUUAUUAAUUUUGAUGUUUUACCUACGUGACUUUACCGAAAAAAACCUAAGAAUACUGCUAUAUGCAUAUAGAAUUGGCUUAGUUCUGCCAUUGGACGUUGAGGAAGGCAGACACUUUUGCUUUUGAAUUUUGAAAUCCAUGGAUGUGUGUACCUCCCUCCGUGUUGUCUUCAUUGCAGUGGCUUUGGUUCCUGUAGAUGCCCACUGCUGUCUCUGAGGCACACCAAAACAACCUGCUGCUCCAGAAACUAUCUGGCCAUGUCGAUAAUUUGUUGGUUAUAGGUCACGGGUUGGUGGGUCACGUAGACUUUCACUUGUGCAUGAGUCUCCCAACUUCUUGCAGGUUUGCAAGGUGGUCUGGCGAUAGCAGUACAGCAGAGGUUUGAAACCUAUGUUAAUGGAUUUUUUAAUCUGCAUUUCCCUUUCCACCUACAAUACGCUCAUUAAGGAUUCGAUAUUAAGUGAAACGGUGUGUGAAUAUAAUUCAACUCCCAACAUUGAAAUGUCACUCUCAGGCUCAGAGCCAUUGUGGGGCAUUAUCGCAGGAGCCACUGGUCUCAAGCGUGCCAGGUGUUGGAUUUUAAGCCCCAAGUGAUUGUGCUCAAUAUAUUUGGAUCAGGAGAUAUAUUUGUACAAACCUCUCUUCCAUUGUACAACCACUGUAUAAUGAAGCUUGUACCAAGGCCGUGCCUAGUCAACAACCCAACCCAGCCGAGGAGGCUCCAGGCUGUUUUUUCCACUGCAGAAGACGAGCCGUGCUGCAGACGUCACACGCAAGGAACGAGUCACGAUGCAUGCAGAUGACGUGCGCGGUGGUCGUGUCCCCACAGUGUACUGACUGACAACAUACGCAAUAAACUCUUUAACUUUCACUUUGGGACUUGAAUACUGCGCAAGCCUGUGUAAUCAACAAAACAUUUGGAGGUUUUUUUUUCUUUCCCCACGCUUGACUCUGAAAUUUUGGUCGAAUAUUUUUUGUUCUCAUUCCAAUGACAGUCACCACCUUAUUGCAUUGAGGUUUGCUGUGUACAUGUGAAUGAAUGCAAAUGCGUGCGUGUGCUAAAUCCAGCUGCAAUCAGACAGGCGUUUGACACACGCAUACGUUUUGUUGUUCUUAAUUCAUCAAACGAGUAUGAAACCGUCUUAUGGAAUAUUUUUGUAAGUUAUUUCUUUUCCCCACAUCAAGUAAUGUGUCAUUUAAUCAGGGUUGGCUGUGUGCAGGAUUAUAUGGAGAUCUAAAUAUUAAUGAGAUCCGUGAAAUAAUGUUAACUCAAUCAAAACACCCUGCAGUGAGCUUGUCAGCAUUAAUUCUAGAUUUGAAGCUUUCGUGACUGCAAGGAUUCAUACUCUUAUGGUCUUUUUCGGUAAAGUCACGUAGGUAAAAAUAAUAAUAAUAAUAAAAUAAAAUAAUAAUAAAUGAAAAUAACUCAAUUAAAUCACAAAUUUAGCUGUGACGGUCCCACCUGAAGACGGAGACUCGUGUUGUCUCCGAAACUUCGUGAUUUAAUUUAGUUAUUUUCAUUUAUUAUUAUUUUACAUUAUUAUUAUUUUUACAUACGUGACUUUACCGAAAAAAACCUAAGAGUACUUGUCAGCAUUUUUGUAUUAUUAUGGAAUGCACUAGAACAGUUGUAACACUGCCUUUUGGUUAUAUGUGGAUAGCCUGUAAUUAAUGCAACGUUUUAAAUGUUUUUUUGUUUCUGAUGCACAUGUUUGCUUGUCGAGUCACACGAUAGAAGGCCACAGAUCUGCAUGGUAUACGGGGUUAUUCAGUAAGGGUGCAGAGUUGUUGUUUUCGCAUUUACUGUACAUUGUGGAAUUUAAAAAAAAGUUUAUUUCAAAAGAAAAUAUGGCAACGCUUUGGUGGCCUUGUUUUGUUGGCGGACAAACAUUUCCGCCUCUUGUCAAUUUUGGUGGACAGCCACCAAGUUGGCACAUGCAGUUAGGCAAUUUAUUCCCACCGCAUAUUGGCAAAAAAACCCCGACAUUUCCUCCAACAAAUUUCAGUAAGCAAGCCCUGCGUUCGACCCACGUGGUUCAGUUGUUGCAUGAAAUUCAUGUUUAACAAAAAAAAGACGUGAUGGCAAGUAACGUGUUACAAUUGCCAUGCUGUUGUAACUGGAAAAACCAAAGGGAGGGUACACGGAAAUCUUGUAUUAUUACAUCACUGUCAGUAUGUGCACAUAUUACCAUUACAUAGCCUGUACUGGUUGACUGCUUUUUGUAGUUAAAUAAAAUGUAUUUAAGUUCUAAAAUUAAUAAAAAAAACAAUUAAUGGUCGGAAUGACCACGUCAGCGAGUGCAGCAGGCAAUGCAAAAAGUUCACAAUCACAAAGAAGAUAAAUGUAAAAGUAUCAAUUAAUCACGUAACAUUUCGUUAAAAAAAGUAAAUAGAACGUUUCGGUAUAUUAAUUAUAAAACAUUGGGUAAUGAGCAGUCAGUGGCUGAAUAACUUUACUCACAACACUGAUCUCACCUCGGUUCAUCUAUUUUCACUGCGUCUGUGUUGGGGAAAAUAAAUAGUUUAUUGUGACCAAUGAUGAGGUCCUUGCUGAAGCAGUUAUUUCUUUUCAUUGUUGGCUGUUUUGGCGAAGGUGAUGUGCAAAAAGUAUGAAAAAUGCGUACGUAUGUAUGUUGAACUUCGUUCGCACCGUACGUAGCCAACCAUGCUAAUGGAAGGUGCGGGGAGGCACAACUUGGGCUGCUUAGAUUAAUCUAAGACAAUUAUUGGAAACAGCUCUCGGGGUUGUUUUUUUGCUGGCUAAAGCUGUGUAUCACAUGUGCUGAAUUUAUUGUACAUAUGCUACUUUGUAAAAAAAAAAACCCAAAGCAAACUUGUUAAAAGUGUCAUAUUGACACAUUAAAGAAAGUGUACAUUUCUAUAAUUUGUAUAAAUUUAUAUACCUGUUGUCUUGUGAAUUGUUGUAAAUGUUGGAAACAAAUCUGUAUGUAUUGUCCUUUUGAUUUUUGUUGUUUUUUUUCCUUCAAAAUUAUGCUUUAAAAAAAAUAAAAUAUAUGAAUUCAAUUUA